GAUACAUGGCCCUCAGUUUUGCUUCCUUGUCAGAGAAAAUAGUCACGGGUGCUCAUAAAAUUCGGCUAUAUAGUCCUAGCUAGCCGACUCCUAGGUGGAUCAUACCCUAAAACCCUCACAACCCAAUCGAGAUUUCUAGCAGUAAGCUGCUUCAGGACCCGGCCAAAGCCAUGGAUCCAAAGGUUAAUGCAAUGUUCUUCAUCUCCUUGAUUUUCACGUUGAACGUUUUGCCACUAGCACUUGCUUGUGCUUCUUGCACACAGCCACAACCACCUUCCCACCGUCCAAGCCAUCCGAAAAUACCACACCCCAAACCACCAACUACGAAACAUCCCCCACAUCAUGGAGGGCACCCAAAAGGAUCCCCACCAUCCAAAAACCCGCCUGCGCCUCCCGUAAUUGUUCCGCCAAUUAUUAUAUCGCCACCUAUAGUUACACCACCGGUAUCUAACCCACCUGUGACAUUUCCAUCGCCUUCUUCUCCAUACCCACCCUACACUGGUAACCCUCCUUCUGGAGGGGGCGGUGGCGGCGGUGGUGGUGGAGGUGGAGGUGGAGGUGGAGGUGGUGUUCCUGGUCUCAACCCUCCGCCUUCCCCUCAACCAACUUGUCCCAUCAAUGCCCUUAAACUAGGGCUUUGUGUAGAUGUGCUUGGAGGUUUGGUGCAUGUUGGAUUAGGCAACCCUGUUGAGAAUGUAUGCUGUCCGGUGCUCAAAGGUCUGCUUGAACUUGAGGCGGCUGUUUGUCUUUGCACUACCAUAAGGAUUAAGCUUCUCAACCUCAACAUUUUCAUCCCCCUCGCCCUUCAAGUCCUAAUAACUUGUGGGAUGACUCCUCCUCCUGGUUUCGUGUGUCCUCCUCUCCUAUAAGUUUUUUCUUUUUUUGUUUUUUGUUUUUUGUUUUUUUUUUUAACUUUCAUAAUGCGCUUAACUAAUGCUGUUCGUUAUUUAAUAAUAUUGUUUCCGAGUCUUAUUAGAGUUUGGUAGUUUUUGUGCCUCCGGUGCUUUUGUUUUUUGAGUUACUCCUUGCAAAGUAAUUGAAUUAUAAUCGUGGUGCUGCGACUGCGUCCGGUAGAAAAGAAAGAUACACGAGUUCGUGCUGCUUGGAGAAUUAAUGGUUCCACUAUGUCUCUAAUGAGGUACUCAUGUAUUUGAAGAGGGUUAAGCCAUCUUUGUUAUGUCUUGAAGUUAUAAUGAUCUGCUCAGAAAAGAGAAGGAAAAAGUCUCAAUACGCGGGUCUUCUUGCAAUAAUCUUUGCUUGGGAUCGAAUUGUCAUGAAUCUCUGCUAGACUUCUUGGAUGUUCCCAACAAUAUUAGGACUUUACAUUUUUUUUUCUUUAGGUGGAGCUUCAUAUAUUUCGUGUGCACGUUCUUGGCUGGCCGUUUCUGUUUUUGAAUAAAUUCUUCAUUGCUAAAAAUAAAAGAUCCUAGCUGCAUGGUAGUCUCUGAUCA